AUGGCUUCGAUAAACUUCAUAGCUAGGCCAAACUAUGUUUCGCACUCUAUCAAAGCAUCUUCCAAAAGCUUUGAUCAUUUGAAAGACUGGUUUGGUCUUGGAAAUAAGAAUUUGCCCGGGAGGAACGCACGAGGCGACCUUCGAGAACUAACCAUCGCGAACGUUGCAAACCAGGCCCCGAUCGUCUCUAAACCGUCAACGGGGAAAGAAGCAAUGGGCGGCCGGAAUCACAUCUCGUGGACGAGCAUCCCGCAACACUGGUGGGAGGGCGAGUUGGGAGUCGAAGGAGAGAUACCUCUCUGGCUGAACGGAAUUUAUCUAAGGAAUGGUCCCGGUCUAUGGCAUGUCGGAGACUACAACUUCGGCCACCUCUUUGAUGGCUACGCCAUGGUGGUAAAGCUGCAGUUCGAGAACGGAAGAUUAAUCGCAGGCCACCGCCAGAUCGAAUCCGAAGCAUACAAGGCCGCAAUGAAGCAUAAUAAGCUAAUCUACCAAGAAUUCUCCGAGUUCCCUAAGGCAGACAAUUUCCUAUCCUACAUUGGCGAACUUGCUGGCUUGAUUUCUGGGGCGUCACUGACUGAUAAUGUCAAUACAGGAAUCAUCAAGCUUGGAGAUGGACAAGUGAGUUGUCUAACCGAGACGCAAAAGGGGUCGAUAAUGAUCGACCCAACCACACUUGAGACCUUAGGGAAGUUCGAGUACACCGACUCCGUGGGGGAUCUGUUACAAUCCGCUCAUCCGAUCGCGACUGAUACCGAAUUUCUGGCGGUGUUGCCCGACCUGAUCAACCCGGGGUACACUGUAGUGAGGAUGGAGCGGGGAUCGAAUGAGCGGAAGGUGAUCGGAAGGGUGGAGUGCCGGGGCGGCCCCACACCCGGUUGGGUCCACUCGUUUGCCAUCACCGAGCACUACAUCGUCGUGCCGGAGAUGCCCUUGAGGUACAACGUCAAAAGCAUCCCCAAGGCCGAGCCCAGUCCGUUGUACGCGUUCGAGUGGCACCCAGAAUCCAAAGGGUGCGUGCAAGUUAUGUGUAAAGCCAGUGGCAAAAUCGUGGCAAGUGUGGAGGUUCCUUUGUACGUGACGUUUCACUUCAUCAAUGCAUACGAAGAGACGGACGAAGAUGGGCGAGUCGUGGCCGUGAUCGCCGAUUGUUGCGAGCAUAACGCGGACAGAACCAUCCUCGAGAAACUCAGGCUCCAAAACUUUCACUCCUUUGCCGGGCAAGAAGUACUUCCCAAUGCUAGGGUUGGAAGGUUCACGAUACCAUUAGAUGGGAGUCCAUAUGGGAAGUUGGAGACAGCAUUGGACCCAAAUGAACAUGGGAGAGGCAUCGACGUUUGCAAGAUCAACAAUGCCUUCUUGGGCAAAAAAUACAGAUUUGUCUAUGCUUGUGGAGCCCGACGUCCUUGCAAUUUCCCGAACACCCUCACCAAGGUAGAUCUAGUGCAGAAGAAGGCAAAGAAUUGGCAUGUAGAUGGCGCCGUGCCCUCGGAACCAUUCUUCGUUGCAAGGCCAAGGGCUACCGAGGAAGAUGAUGGUGUGGUGAUCUCAAUGAUUAGUGAGAAAAAAGGGGGUGGGUAUGCAUUGCUGCUUAGGCUCGUUACCAAACGCGCCCUUAAUGGCUCCACUUUUGAGAAGAUUGCUAGAGCGAAGUUCCCUUAUGGCCUUCCUUAUGGUUUCCAUGGUUGCUGGGCUCCAAAGAAGUAA